AUGCGCCGCGUCGGUAAUGAACCCGCGGGGAGCGAAGCCGCCGCUGAUCAGCCGCAACGAUCGCAGCGAGCCAAAACGUCUGAUUGCUUCCCUCCUCGGCCUCCCUCCUCGGCCUCCCGACGGGCCAACCCAGGCCACAGCCACAGCCCAGCGGAGGAGCACGUUAGCCGCGGCGCUAAAGCUAAUAUUUACCCAGAGCUAAACUGUGCAAACACGGAUAGCGGCCACACAAUCUGCACAGUGUUCUGCUCCGUGGCUUUGUUGUCCUUCCAUUGGCUACCUGUCCAUCCGGAGCCCCCCUUCCCCACGUCCGGUACCCAGGUCUAUCAAUCUGCGUGUGCGCCAGUCAAGCUUAAAACCCACAAAACGCGUCGAUGCCAAAUCUGA